AUGAAUAAUACAGUUAAUAUUAUAAAAAAUUACUCUUCUAUUCAAGAGAAAAAUUCAGUUAAAUCAAAAGUUAUUGGUUCUUGUUUAGUUUGUGGAGAAGAAUCUACAGGUAAACAUUAUGGAAUUAUAAGUUGUUUGGGAUGUAAAACAUUUUUUCGUAGAGCUGUUGUUCAUCAACAAGAUUUUAAUUGUAAAAGGCAAGGAAAAUGUAUUUUAGAAAGAAAUGCUAGAAAAACGUGUAGAGGAUGUAGGUACCGCAAAUGUCUUGAAAUGGGUAUGUCAAAAGCUGCACUUCAACCAAGAAGGGAUUUAAUUGGAUGUAGAAAAAAUAAUAGAAAUUCAUCAAAACAAAUAAUAAGAGAUGAUAAAUUAGGUUUAUUUAAUUCAAAUAAUAUACCCAAAGAAAUAACACCAUCACAAUUAAAAAUUAUUAAUAAACAAAAUACAGAACUUUUAUAUUAUAUAAUAAAAUUAACUAAACGUGAUCGUGAAAUUCGUACAAAAAAAUAUGAAUCAUUAAAAUCACAAAUUGAAAUGAAAAAUUUAGCUCAACAAUUAAGUAAUUAUGAUAAAAUAAAUGAAAGUAAAAAUUAUAUAUCUGUACCAUUUGAUAUAUCACCAGCAACUGAUAAAUUAAAAAUAAUGCUUGCUGAGGAUAUUGCAAAAGUAUGUAGUAUGGAAUUAAUUUCAAUGAUUGAAUGGGCACGUACAUUACCAUGUUUUAGUCAAUUACCAACAAGUGAUCAAUUAAUAUUAUUAAAAAGGUAUGCUGUUCAACAUCUUAUACUUGAACAUGGUUAUUAUACAUCACAAUUUAAUUAUAAUGAUGUAUGGAUGAUAUCAAAUGGUACAUGUAUGCCAAGAGAUUGUAAUCCUGGUAAUAAUAAUUUAAUUUAUAAUUGUACUGAAGAUAGAAGAUGGAGACAAGAAAAAUUAUAUAAACAAAUGACUGAACGUUGUAUUGAUGAAGUUGUUACACCAUUAAAACAUUUAAAAUUAAUGCCAGAAGAAUUAUUAACACUUAAAAUUAGUAUGUUAUAUCAAUGUGGUAAUAAUUUAAGUGAUACAGAAUCAACAUUAAUGAUAUCAAAAAAAUCAAGAAAAAAAAUAAUUAAAGAAAGAGAAAAAUGUUACAAAGCAUUAUUUUUAUUUUAUGAACACAUAAAAUAUAAGAAUUAUGAAGAACGUUUUGGAAAUGUUAUAUUAACAAUAAGUGGUAUUGUUUCAGCAGCAUCUGCAGUUCAAGAGAGUUAUCAAAUAAUGAGAUUAUUUAAAAUUGUUCCUUUUGAUAAUUUAGCUGAGCAAUUACUUUUUCAUAUAAAUGAGUAA